AUGCCGUUCAAAUCACGUUGGCACCUCGACAUCCCGGAUACGCACCUGGCAUCGCUCCUCUUUACCUCUCCCUCUCAUCCCCUCUCGCAAACGCAUCGGUGUUUCUCUGAAGCAGCUCGUUCGGAGACGCACUACUUCACGACACACGACUUCCGGCUUUGGAGUAAACGGUUUGCUGCUGGGUUACGCAAAUCGGGCCUCCAGACGGGGGACCGGGUCAUACUAUUCUCCGGCAAUGACCUGUUUUUCCCGGUCGUCUUCAUGGGUAUCAUCAUGGCGGGGGGAAUCUUCUCCGGUGCCAAUCCCACGUACGUAGCGAGAGAAUUGGCCUAUCAGCUGCAGGAUAGCGGUGCAACCUACCUCAUUUGCGCUGAGGGGAGUCUCGAUACGGGGAUCGAGGCUGCCCGGCUGGCAGGCAUGUCCCGGGAUCAAGUGUUUGUUUUCAACAACGCGGUUUUUGACGGACAGGGCCAAGGCCAGCAAGGUUGUCGUUAUUGGGGGGAGUUGAUAGCGUCCAUCGACGAGGGAAGUAGAUAUGUCUGGGACGAUCUGUCGACGCCCGAAGCGGCCGGGCGCACGCUGGCACUGAAUUACUCGAGUGGGACCACGGGGAGGCCCAAAGGAGUGGAAAUCACACACAAGAACUAUGUCGCCAACAUGCUGCAGUACAAUUACCUAUUCUACCUGGAUCCGACGUGGAAGGAAAAACAAAAUCGUGCACGAUGGCUCUGCUUCCUACCGAUGUAUCAUGCAAUGGCGCAGAAUAUCUUCAUCGCGGCAGCACUAAGCCGAGAAGUACCGGUGUAUAUCAUGCCCCGGUUUGAUUUCGUCAAGAUGCUCGAGUACACGGAGAAGUUCCGGAUAUCGGAGCUCAUCAUAGUGCCACCGGUGGUGGUCGCCAUUGCCAAACACCCUUUAGUGAGGAGUGGCAAGUAUGAUCUCAGCAGCAUCGAAAAGAUCUCGAGUGGCGCAGCUCCCCUAGGCAGAGAGGUUUGCGAAGAGGUCGAGGCCCUCUGGGAGCCUGGACGCAUCAACAUCAAACAAGGAUGGGGGAUGACAGAGACGACCUGCUCGUUGCUCGGCUGGCACCCGAUGGAGAAAAGCCAUACGGCUUCGGUUGGUGAGCUGAAUGCCAAUUGCGAGGCAAAGAUCAUGGCCGAUGACGGAGUCACCGAGCUGGGACGAAACCAACGCGGAGAGCUUUGGGUUCGAGGGCAAAACGUCAUGAAAGGGUACUGGCGGAAUCCAGAGGCAACCAAGGAGACAAAAACGACCGAUGGUUGGCUGAAGACAGGGGAUAUUGCCUUUGUAAAUGACGAGGGCAAAUUCCAUGUGGUUGACCGCAAGAAGGAGCUGAUCAAAGUGAAAGGCAAUCAGGUUGCCCCCGCCGAGCUCGAAGCUCUCUUGUUGGAACAUCCUGCAGUUGCCGACGCUGCAGUCAUUGGCGUGCCAGUAAAUGAUGAUGAACGUCCUCGUGCAUAUAUAGCACUGAGGCCCGAGCAAAACGCCACUGAAGCAGACAUUGUGGAGUUUAUGAACGGGAAAGUGUCUGUGAUCAAGCGAAUUACCGGCGGAGUCGUCUUUAUUGACGCAAUUCCCAAGAACCCGUCGGGCAAAAUCUUACGGAAACAGCUUCGAGAGCGGGCGAAAGAUGAGAUGGAGAAGAACAAGAUCUCCGCCAAGCUAUAG